CAGCUGACCUAUUAUGUUCCACUUUGCCCUCACAUGCUGCAUAUCUAGUAGACCGUCUGCACGUAUUGAUCCUACGCUUCUUCCCCUGUGCUCGCAGACUUCAAGUGCAUCUACACCCGAUGUCCUCCUCCCACACCCCGCCAUCGCCGACGGCGUCAUUCUACGACAUGAGUGACGAUGAAGAAGGCGAAUACAGCACUGUCGUACAUAAGAAGACAGGACGAGGCGUAAAAUUACUUUAUGCGAAGAGUAAAGUUUACAUUCACCCGUCGCCAUCGGCUAAGGACAACAUCCCAGGCUUCAUCGCCCUUAUUCAACAGAAACCUGCCGAUCUUGCUCUAGCCUCCGACAGACCAACGUCUUCUCAUUCUCAUAACAGCCCUGCUGCAUCCGAUCUUCUCCUUGCUUGGGUGCCGGAGUCUUCGCUCGGUGAUGCUUACGAUACGUAUGUGAAGGUCGAUCUCUCCGAAUCGUCGUCUCCACCUAAGCAAUCCUUCCUCGUACCUGCGCCGCCACUCACAACGAGCCAUCCAAGCAGCCUCAGCCAUGGCGCGUACGCAUUUUCAAUCCCGCUUAGCGAGGUAUACAGCUUGCUCGUGCGUCCACCAAACCUUGGGUGGUGGUUCGGGAGCGUGAUUAUUAACACAAGGGCCGGUGAUAGCUUUCCAGCACUUUUCUUCCACGAUAACGAAUGCCAAUCAACAAUACUACAGCGCAAACGUCUUGCCAAGGAAAGCUUCGAUCCAUUCAAGGAUGGGGGAGGAAUGUUUUGGGGUGGCGAUGAGGUUCUUCGCUGGUUGAAACGGUAUGUAAGAGUCGAAAGAACUGGGGCCGAUCCAAACGUGUAUCUCAUAAACCCUUCACCAGAGGAUAAGGUUGGAUUUAGCAAAAUCAAUGGCAUUGAUGAUAGCAAGCGGGAGUCGUCUAGAACUAGCAUGGCCGGGGCAAUUGGAACCAGUGGAUCGAUCUCUCGGGAUGGAGGAAUGGAUCCUGUCACAAAAUUUUUAAAAGAAACGCGGUGGAACGUGCUAGAGAAGUUGAGCCAAGUUACCACAUUCACGAGACGAACAGCCCAAGCCAUCACGGAAAAUAAAAAUUUGCCUCCACAAGUGAGACGACUGCUACACAACCCCGAGGUUCAGACUCUACAGGAUGAAUUCGACAGCGCAAGGCUUUACCUGGCAAGGUGGGCGAUGGGAAUUGCAGAGCAAAGUGAGAGAGAGAAGAACCAAAGAAUAUGGACUGCCAAGGAUGUUUUAGAGAUGGAGGAUACUGAUGUCGGGGAAUUCGAGCUGCUUGAUGCCGGAAAGCUCUCUCUGACCGAUCGUAGAAAACCAGUCGAUAUGAAGGAGUGGAAUGGUUUUUUCAAUGAUUUUGAUGGCCGAUUACAGCUGACGUCUGACGAAGUCAAGGAACGAAUCUUUCAUGGUGGCCUAGACCCAGACGAUGGAGUGAGAAAAGAGGCUUGGCUAUUUCUGCUCGGAGUAUAUGACUGGAAUAGCACAAAGGAUGAACGGGCAGCCCUAAUGAACUCGAAACGGGACGAGUAUAUUAGGCUCAAGGGAGCUUGGUGGGAACGUAUGGCAGAUGGCUUAUCUUCCUCGGAUGAGGCUGAAUGGUGGCGUGAACAGAAAAAUCGCAUAGAGAAGGAUGUCCACAGAACAGAUCGCCAUAUUCCACUUUUCUCAGGGGAAGACAUACCACACCCAGAUCCAUCCUCACCCUUUGCCGAAGCAGGCACAAAUGUGCAUCUUGAACAGAUGAAGGAUAUGCUCUUGACUUACAAUGAGUACAACAAAGAGCUCGGUUACGUUCAGGGCAUGUCGGACCUUCUUGCCCCGAUUUACGCAGUCAUGCAAGACGAUGCCGUUGCAUUCUGGGGCUUCGUCGAAUUCAUGAACAGAAUGGAGCGUAACUUUCUUCGCGAUCAGUCUGGUAUGCGCACACAGCUUUUGACCCUGGAUCAUCUGGUUCAGCUCUUAGAUCCAGUGUUGUAUGCGCAUUUGCAAAAAUGUGAUUCUACGAACUUCUUUUUCUUUUUUCGUAUGCUGCUCGUCUGGUAUAAACGCGAAUUUGAGUGGAUGGAUGUGCUUCGACUCUGGGAAUGUAUGUGGACAGACUUCCUCAGCUCAAAUUUCCAUUUGUUUGUUGCACUUGCGAUAUUAGAGAAGCACCGCAACGUUAUAAUGGAGCAUUUAAGAGGAUUUGAUGAGGUUCUCAAGUACAUCAACGAACUUUCGAACAGCAUUGAUCUGACUUCGACGCUCGUAAGGGCUGAACAACUCUUCCGCCGCUUCCAGCGUACAGUGGAAGCAGUGGACCGGAAAUACAGUUUUCCUGUCCCGAGCAAUGUUCGACAACGAAGGCCAGGACAAGAACCCAGCCAAGGACAACACGCUGAGACGAGUGCGAGAGAGGGAUCACUCUUAGGGGAGCUUGCCAAAUCUCAGGAGCCAGAUAAAGGCAAGCAGAUUGGUUCAAGGGAUGCUAUUGCCGCAGGAGUGAAUUCAGAGAAUGUGAAGGUUAUCAGCCCUGAACUUAGGGACCUAUUGAGGAGAGACAUUUAUUACAAGCUUAAUAAAGAUGAAGUCAGGGAGCAUGGCGGCGGUGUUGGGUCAUGAGAUUGGCAUUUUUGCAGCUAUAUUUCUUCGCAAAAAUGUUGACUAUCUAACAUUGCCCUGCCAACAUUCAGUCUAAUCGUAGAGCCUGAUGCUACUGCACUGCAAGACGUUUCAAGGCUCAUUGCAAUAAUAUUGUUGCACAGCAAUUAUUUUUUCGUGGACCAGUGUAACAGAGUUGUUUGAAAUUUGUAGAGAGAACAGCUUUCCAAAACGCGUAGUCGAUGCACAUUCUCAGCAAACACUGCGGCGGGAAUUGGCAUACAUUCUGACAGCCGUGUAGCCUAACAAGCCAAUCAUACGUCAAUCUGCU